AUGCAAGACAUUGACUUUGCCAGCUUCAUCGACAUUGGUGAUAUUGGCGACAUUGGCAACCUUGAUGUCGCCGACUUCCCCUCGCUCGACGGGCCUGACGCUCAAGGCCUGGCGUCGACUGGCCCACUACACGACUUUGGCACCGAGAGCUUCGGACUUCCUACCGCAUUGGACGUGCAAACCUUCGCCCAGAAUCAACAAUGGCCACAGCAGCAAGUCCCGCAGGACAUAUAUCGUGCGCCAAACAUCGUUCCGCCGACGCCAAACAGUUACGAGUUGCAGGGCAAUGCGCGCCACUACAUGGCUCAGCACAUGGACUCGGGAGCCGGCCCCUUCUACGACCAACAUCACCGCUUGACAAAGGAAGACAACAUGUCUUUCACCCCUCUGGUCUCACCAGCUGUCACCCCGAGACACUCGGCCUUCCAGCCCAUCCCCGAGUACACCAUCCCUGGUGCAUAUUUCAGCCCCCUCACGUCCCCGGCUCUGCAUGCCCAACAACAGCAACAACAGAACCGCAGCUAUGCCCAUAGCCAGUACACCAAUCCGACCACCGCUGACAACUCGGCCGCUGCCUCGCCCCUCGACCUCAACAUGGACAUCGACUCGUUGAAAGACACGACAGACGUUGCUCCUCGCAGAAGCAGAAGGAAGCCUCCAAUGCCGCAUUCGGCAGGUCCAACCGCCUGCGGCGUGCGACAAUCACCCAUUGUCAAGGCCCAGAGACGUCGCUCGGCUCACCUCUCGACCAUCAUUCCCCCACGCGAAGUCAACAACAUACUGAUCGAAGCCCAAAGCCAAAGCCGGGCUCAGGGUUCGCGUACGCCUUCAAUCGAGUAUAUGCCGCCGUACCACGACGAUGCGAGUGCAGAAUCCAUAUCGCCCGAGGCCUUGCCCGAUCUAGUCAUGGGUCCUCCCCCUCUGCCUGCCUCGAUUUACAACUCUCCAGCCUUGCAGCCUCAGAUCCACUCCGCGCCUGCUUCAACUACAAUUCACUCUCACCCGGGGUCGAGUGAUCCUUGUCCCGCUACCCCUGCCUCGUUGAUGUCUAUCCGCAAGAGCCAGCAGCAAAAUGCGGUGAAUCGUUCUGUCGGGCCUCAACCUGGCUCUGGCCAGUUCCAAGUGCAAUCGCAGGAUCAGAUAAACAUGCUCGAAGACCUCGCUCUUCCUCCAUCCGCCGCUGAGCCUGCCCGUCCAGCUUUGAGCAGAAUCGUCACAACGACAUCAGGGGAAACCACUCCUCGUUUGGCUCCAGCUAUUAAGGGCACACCAAGGCUGGCCCCGUCAAAUUCCACUGCAGCAAGUCCUAUAAUAGGUGCUACCAAUUCGCCUGCCUUAGGUCCAGCAGGGAGAAAACUUGACCAAAAACGAUCGCAGCCUGCGAAAAAGCGUGGCAGUGUCAGCACAACGUCUGUGCUCGUCAGUCCGGCUAUCCGUCCGAAAAUCAGUCCUAGCAUCAAGCCGUUGCUUCCCGAAGGAGGUACCGAAACUCAGCAAGCGCUCCUUCUCGCCUCAAAGUCAAACUACACACAUUUACUCGAGGGAACUCGUCUCCCCGGCGUUUCGUAUCCAGAGUCUUUGUCUAUGGGCUUGACAUCGAAACGUACCUCACACAAGAUUGCCGAGCAAGGUCGACGCAACAGGAUCAACGAAGCCAUCAAAGAGAUGCAAACACUACUUCCCAAAACAAAGGGCAAGGGUAGAGCUGAGGAAAUUGCUGAGGAAGAGGAAGAAGCCAACAGUAAGGAUGGCAAGGGUAACACCGCAGAGGGUAGAAGCGCAAACUCAAAAGCUGCCACGGUGGAAAGCGCCAUUGACUACAUCAAACUACUACAACAAGAGAGGACCCUGGCUUUCGAGAUGCUCCAGAAGAAAGACGAGGAAAUGGCCGCCUUGAGAAAGCAGCUGCAGGCUGCCGACAUCACCACAAGCGCGAGCGACUCGGCAAAUGAUUCACUUGUUGCGAGCAGCGGCGAGGAGAACGACGCCGAACCCGAGAAGAUGGAAGGCGUUAUGGCUACGCCAUAA